CUGUGUCUUUAAGGGAGCCGCGCGCUCCGCCUCCGCUCAGUCGGGCUGCCGGAGCGCAAAUAGACUGGAAAGAGCGCUCGUCAUCCUACACUGCGGGAAAACCAAGCAUCCCAUGCCCCACAUGACCAUGGACCACUGGAGAACUUCCCCUUAGCUGUUUUUUUAUUUUUUUCUCCGGUUACCCACCUGCAGCCCCUGCACCACCUUGCCACGAUGGUCAGCCGACUGAGGAACUGUGCCCCCCUUUUCCGGUUCUGCCAGAAGUUGAACAGGGUCAAAACCCUACAAGAUGAUAUGAUGGAGACCUCCCUGAAGAGAUGCCUGACGACUGUGGAUCUGGCCCUGUUGGGGGUGGGGGGCAUGGUGGGCUCAGGGUUGUACGUGCUGACGGGCACGGUGGCCAAACAGACGGCGGGACCAGCUGUGGUCAUUUCGUUCCUCAUCGCUGGCCUGGCUUCUCUGCUUGCUGCUUUCUGCUAUGCAGAGUUUGGGGCUCGGGUGCCAAGGACUGGCUCCGCCUACAUGUUUACAUACAUUUCUGUUGGAGAGAUAUGGGCUUUCCUGAUUGGUUGGAAUGUGAUUUUGGAGUACAUGAUUGGUGGAGCUGCUGUGGCCAGAGCCUGGAGCGGCUACUUGGACUCCAUUUUUAAUCACUCUAUUAAAAAUUUUACAGAGACGCACAUCAUCCAGUGGAAUGUCCCUUUCAUUGCCCAUUACCCUGAUCUUUUGGCAGCUGGCAUACUUUUGGUAGCCACUGCUUUUAUUUCGUUUGGCGCCAAAGUGUCCUCCUGGCUCAACCACUUGUUCUCGGCCAUCAGCCUGGCCAUCAUCCUUUUCAUCCUCAUCUUCGGAUUCAUCCUAGCCGAACCUGCCAAUUGGAGCAAGGCGCAAGGGGGCUUUGCACCAUAUGGCAUUUCUGGGAUCCUGGCGGGCACUGCCACCUGCUUCUAUGCGUUUGUCGGGUUUGACGUGAUCUCAGCAUCCAGCGAAGAGGCCAAGAAUCCUCAGAAAGCAGUGCCCAUAGCAACAGCCAUCUCCUUGGCUCUGGCUGCCUCCGCCUACAUCCUGGUGUCCACCGUGCUGACCCUGAUGGUGCCCUGGCACUCCCUGGACCCCGACUCUGCUCUGUCAGAUGCCUUCUACCGGCGAGGCUAUAGCUGGGCGGGCUUCAUUGUGGCCAUCGGCUCCAUCUGUGCCAUGAACACCGUCCUCUUGAGCAACCUCUUCUCCCUGCCACGCAUCGUCUACGCCAUGGCGGAAGACGGCCUAUUCUUCAAAGUCUUCGCCCGGGUGAACCCUGUCACUAAGGUGCCGGUCGUUGCCAUCAUCGUGUUUGGGAUCCUCAUGGCCAUCCUUGCCCUGGUCUUUGACCUCGAGGCUUUGGUCCAGUUCCUCUCCAUAGGAACUCUGCUGGCGUACACGUUUGUGGCAGCCAGUGUCAUUGUCCUCCGCUUCCAAGCAGAAAAAACCCGAAGCUCCCCAAGCGGCCAGCCGCCCGGCAGCCCCUCGGCUCGGGAGUGUGAUGAACCCAAGGAGUACGAGUCCUUUUCCGACAAGCUUCAACUAGUGGAGCUGCAGAAGAAAGCCAAAGAGCGCAGGGAGCCUGGCCAGCUGAAGGCCGCCUUUGAACCUUACCUCAAAUUUCUAACAGACUUUGAACCAGGGGAGGUGGUGACCAUAUCCGUGGUGGCCAUGAUGGUGUGCGCCAUCUGUCUAUGUGCCGUCCUUGUAUUUGGCAAUGGGCAGCUACACCUGCCUUCCUGGAGUUUCAUUCUGCUGACCAUUUUGUCUGCGGCGGGCUUUCUGGCCAGCCUUUUCUUUAUUUGGGUCCACGAGCAGCAGCCAAACCUCAAGACCUUUCAGGUUCCGCUUGUGCCCUUCAUUCCCGGCUUUAGUAUCCUCAUGAAUGUGUUUCUCAUGUUAAAACUGAGCCCGAUGACCUGGAUACGCUUCUCUGUCUGGCUGGUGGUAGGCCUGCUGGUUUAUUUCGGCUAUGGAAUCUGGCACAGCAAGGAGAAUUUGCAGGAGCCCAAACCUUGCAACGUAGCCGCCCGCUACGUGGUGCUGCCCAGCGGGAGCCUGGUAGAGACCGUCCAAGCUGUCCAGCCGGACCCUCAAGAUGCCAUGGGGCAAGUGGAGACCCCCGAAGAUAAUCACGAAAAGAGAUGAGGAGCCAAUCUACUCCACAAAUGUUCACUUUUUCCACUCUCAUUUUAUUCUCUCUCUGUCGUCCCUCACCCACCUCUCCCCCCGAAGGGUCACAAAGCAGAAACACAAUUUGGGGGCACCUUGUGCCCUACCAGUGCGCCGACAUUCAGCUUUCCCAGGUGCCCAGCGUUGAAGUCAGCGAUGCAAGGAAGGACAAAUCCCAUUCUGAAAAUUCAGGCACACAUUGGCAGACUGUUUGGGGUCCGCGAGGGUCUCAACCUGAGGUCAUUCUGCCUAUUUAAUGACCUCCAAGAUAUUUAUGUUUUAGGACCGCACUUUAAGCAUUUCUUUUUUUUAGACUGUUUAAUAAGAAAGCCAAGUCCAGUGA